AUGUUUACAGAUUCUGAAAAUGUGUCUAUCGUACCAAACACUACUUGGAAAUACUUAAAUACAACCGUUUCUUUAGAUGACCACUGUAAUUGGUUCCUACCUUGGAUGGAGUGGGUGAAAAUUUUCUUGCUAACAUUUGGGUUUCUAAGCAAUGGAAUGACAGUUUUGGUCAUACUUUUCAAAAAGGAUCUGCACCAGAAAACGUUCGCUACAAUAUGUCUUAUAGCCCUAUCGGACUGUCUUUACUGUCUGUGUGGGGUUCUAUGGGGAUUCCUCUACUAUGCGUACAUGGAUUCACAUAAUUUUCGGACACUGGAAAACUGUGUCAGCGAUUUCUUCGACAAAUACCUAAAAUCUUCCCUGGUUCUUCUGGCGUCGACAGCUUAUGCCACAUCUGGUUUCUGCAUAGCCGUUCUGUCUGUUUUUCGUUACAUCAUCAUCGCGUAUCCGUUAAAAGCCAACAUGAUAUUGACCAAAAGAACUGUUUUCGUGACCUUCUUCACAGUUUUCCUCAUAUCACUUGGCUACGGUAUUUUCAAAACUCUUAAAAUCAAUCUUAGCAGUAAAUUCGUAAAGCCUAUAGAUCUGCUGGUGUCAUACCUGAUUCCACUCACAGUAAUGGCAGUGUUCCAUACAUUGAAACUGCUGACACUAAAAAGAAAUAAAUUUCGUUCCACCAAAAAAUCGACUCGCAAAUUGGAGGUGGUGGUUAUAAUGAUCGUCAUGGCCUUCUUCUUGUUUCUGCUCCCUUGGCACGUGUUGGCGAUUUCCUACGAGUUCCAAUUAUUUAAACCGGGAUAUAUUGCUGUGACUGUUAGUUCACUGCUACUUCAACUCAACAACUGUAUUAACCCUGUGUUUUACGCCUUCUUGUCCCCGCGAGUUAGGGAAGGAAUCUGCUUUUGUUUCGGCGCAAAAAGGGGAAACAAAAGAAAAACACCAACCGCCACAAUAUCCACUAAUAUUUACAGCUCCACAACUAUCGCCCUUAGCUGUGCCUCUUUAUCAACUUCUACGUCAUGUGGACCGGUAACCCCGAGCUCAACUCCAAAUACACAGCGCGUAAUUAGGUCACAUAUCUACACCAACAAGUCUUCAACUAGUUCUUUUGGUUCAACUCUGAAAGACUCUCGUCCGACUUUCGCGUAA